GAUGGGGGAUAGAGAAAAGGUUUGGCCAUUAGGUGAUCACUGGGAACUUUGGAAAAAGCACCUUCGGUUCAACAAGGCCAGAAGCCAGAUAAAACGGUCCAAGUGGAAGGAAGCGACAGCCCCUCGCCAACCUCCCCGCCCCUGUCUCAGCACUGAACACAAAGAGAUGCGGGUCGGCCAGGGUAAUAAUCCCUGCAGAAGCCCGGAAGAAGCAAGCCUUCCUUCAUUGUCUCUCCGCACAAAUUGGGCAGCCCCUCCUCCUCCGGCUCGGGUCAUUCUGAGGCUGGCAGACACCCAGGGCACUGCCACCGGGCGGGGCGGAGCUCGGGCCAGCGGAGGCUGAAGAGGAAGAGUAGGAGGCGGAGCUUGGGUGGCCCAAGGCCAAGGCUAUGGCGGCGCCGGGCGCGGCGGGCGGCCGGGCUCUGCUCCGGGGCCUCUCCCUCUCCGUCUGGCGAGUAGGAGCCGGCUCCGUGUCCCGGAGCUUCCGCAGCAGCGCCGUCAGAUGUGAGGCCACUGUUAUCUCAGGAACUGAAAUGGCCAGACAGAUCUGUAAAGAAAUAUGUCAUGAGGUAGAAUCAUGGGUGUCCCUUGGGAACAGGAAACCUCAUCUCAGUAUCAUUUUAGUAGGAGACAACCCAGCGAGCCAUACCUAUGUGAGAAAUAAGAUAAAAGCUGCUACAGCUGUAGGCAUUGGUAGUGAAGUCAUUCUGAAACCUAAAGAUGUUUCUCAGGAAGAACUUUUGGACAUAACUGAGCAACUAAAUAUGGACUCAAGAGUUAGUGGUAUAUUGGUUCAACUGCCUUUGCCAGACCACAUAGAUGAACGGACAGUCUGCAAUGGAAUUGCACCUGGAAAAGAUGUAGAUGGGUUUCAUAUUGUCAAUGUUGGACGACUAUGUCUGGAUCAGCAUUCUAUGAUACCAGCCACUGCCUGUGCUGUUUGGGAAAUCAUAAAGAGAACAGGAAUCGAAACAUUUGGAAAAAAUGUGGUUGUGGUUGGAAGAUCCAAGAACGUCGGAAUGCCCAUUACAAUGCUUCUACACACUGAUGGAGACCAUGAGAGACCUGGAGGUGAUGCAACAGUGACGAUAACGCAUAGAUAUACUCCAGAAGAGCAGCUGAAGAUCCAUACACAACUGGCUGAUAUUAUCAUAGUAGCUGCAGGUAUUCCAAAGAUGAUUACCUCAGAUAUGGUGAAAGAAGGUGCUGCUGUAAUUGAUGUGGGUAUCAACCAUAUCCAUGACCCUGUAACAGGAAGGACAAAAUUAGUAGGAGAUGUCGACUUUGAAGAAUGGAGGAGAUUUAGGCAUGUUUUUAGGUGGCAAUGGUUAGAAAUGUGGAGAACAAGAAUGGUUCCUGUACUUAUCGUCAUGAAAUUGCAGUUAAGAAGAAAGCUAAGUUUAUCACCCCAGUGCCAGGCGGUGUGGGGCCUAUGACUGUGGCCAUGCUUCUGAGGAAUACCCUUCUGGCAGCCAAGAAGAUCAUUUACUAGACAGCUUCUGGUACAGGCACUGAAAUAAGACUGAUGUCACGUGGCUUCUCUGUCAGUCAAGAGUCAAAACCCCUAUAUUUUACUACAAAGUUAUUUAUUUCUACGUUAUAUUUAUUUUUUGUGUCUGGAAUGGUUCUGAAUUGGGCAGCUCACAAGAUUUUAUGCAUUCUCUGCUAAUGGGUUAUUCUUUUAACUUCAGUUUAAUUGAAAAGAAAGCAGUGAUGGCUCUUGCCUUAUGGAUAACACUGCUUCAUUAAAAAAAAUUAAGCCACAGAAUGCUGAAAUAAUAAAGGACUUACAGUCAGGUGACAGGUUUCUGAGAAUAUUCACAGCCAUGUCCUUAAAGGAGUCUUGGAUGAUUUCACCGCGUGCAUGGGAGACACCUAGUCCAUGGACAGCCUUUAAGGGAGAAUUUUGCUGUGCUGAAUCAAAUGCUUUCUUUUAUAGCCAACAGCCAACACAAUAGGAUCUUGUUUUCUGUCUCUUGUGUAACUAUCGAGAUGUGAUUCUCCUAUGGAAUAUCAUUUAUGAAAGCCUGACUGUUCCCUUCUCAUGCCUACAUCAGAGAUGGUAUCAAAAUGUGUGUAGCUAAUUAAAGAUUUUGUAGAAAUGGUAAAAGGGAA